CCCCUCCCCCUCCACCUCUGCCGGAACUGGAAGAAGGUGAAAGUGAAAGUCAGCAGCUCCAUUUUGUGUCGAGGGGAAAAUAAACCAUUUCAGGAGUAAAAACACAGGUUUGAUUUAACACACCGAUGUUGGAGUGAAGUAAACGUGUGUCCUGCUGUAAUCUGGAGAAGGAGACAUGACCUCCAACAUGAGUGUGUCUGGAGAACAGGACUUAAAGAAAGACGAGAGAAUGAUUGAGGGAAAGAGAUCAGACUUACCAGAACCCAGCUGCGUCUCCAUGAAGAGUGACCGGUCAAUGAAACUUCCAAAUAACUUCAGAGACGGAGCCAGUUCUCCUGAUGUGAGACCACAAAAGAAGAAAUCAAACAUCAGCAGAAAUCAGCUGGACUCCAUAUUCAAGGAGCUGGAACACAAAGUCAUCACUCUGAUAAAGAAUGAGCUGAAGAGGUUUAGGAAGCUCCUGAGACCAGAUUACCCAGCAUGCACUGAGAGGGAGGUGGACAAUGAGGAGGAUCUGCACAGUGUCAGAGAGGGAGCGCUGAAGAUCAUACUGCAUAUCCUGAAGAACAUGCACCACACAGAUCUCGCUAACACACUGCUCAACAAGUUUGUGGCCUCUGUGUAUCAGACAGAGCUGAAAUCCAACCUGAGAGAGAAGUUUAUAAGAAUUAAUGAAGGAAUCUCACAGCAUGGAAGCUCAGCACUUCUGAAUGAGAUCUAUACAGAUCUCUACAUCACAGAGGGUUGGAGUGGAGACGUCAAUAAUGAACAUGAGGUGAGACAGAUUGAGACAGCGUCCAGGAGACCAGCAACACAGGAGACACCCAUCAAAUGUAACGAGCUCUUUAAAGACAAGUCCAUCAGAAGAGUGCUGACUAAAGGAGUUGCUGGAAUUGGAAAAACAGUCUCUGUGCAGAAGUUCAUUCUGGACUGGGCUGAAGGAAAAGCAAAUCAGGACGUCACCUUCAUGUUUCCAUUUCCCUUUCGAGAGCUGAAUCUGAUGAAGCAGAGAAAUCUCAGUCUGAUGGAGCUUCUUCAUCACUUUUUCCCAGAGAUGAGAGAACUAGAAUUACUACACUCCUACACAGUGGUGUUGAUCUUUGAUGGUCUGGAUGAGUGUCGACUUCCUCUAAAUUUCCAGAAGAAUGAGAGAUUGUGUGAUGUGACAGAGCCAGCCUCGGUGGAUGUGCUGCUGACAAACCUCAUCAAGGGGAAUCUGCUUCCCUCUGCUCUCCUCUGGAUAACCUCUCGACCAGGAGCAGCCAAUCAGAUCCCUCCUGAGUGUGUAGACCAGGUGACAGAGGUACGAGGCUUCAGUGAUCCUCAGAAAGAGGAGUACUUCAGGAAGAGGAUCAGUGAUCAGAGCCUGGCCAAUAAAAUCAUCACACGCAUGAAGUCUUCAAGAAGCCUCUACAUCAUGUGCCACAUCCCAGUCUUCUGCUGGAUCUCAGCCACUGUUCUAGAGAGAAUGUUGGGUGAAGCAGAGAGUGGAGAGGUCCCCAAGACUCUGACUCAAAUGUUCACACACUUCCUGAUCUUUCAGAUCAAACACAAGGACCAAAAGUACCAUCAGAAAUGUGACCCUGAUCCUCAGCAGACCAGAGAGAGUAUCCUGGCACUGGGGAAACUGGCUUUCCAACAGCUGGAGAAAGGAAACCUGAUCUUCUAUGAGGAAGACCUGAGAGAGUGUGGCAUUGAUGUUGGAGAAGUGGCAGUGUACUCGGGAGUGUGUACCCAAAUCUUCAGAGAGGAGUUUGGGCUUCACCUGGGGAAGGUGUUCAGCUUUGUACAUCUGAGUGUUCAGGAGUUUCUGGCUGCUUUAUACACAUUUCUCCGCUUUAUUUUUAGAAAGACAAAUGUGUUAGUGGAGCAACGCAUUGGACUUUUCCAUUUCUUCAGCAAGUCAACCAUGUCUGAUCUCCUCAGGAGUGCAGUGGACAAGGCCUUACAGAGUGAGAAUGGACACCUGGACCUGUUCCUCCGCUUCCUUCUGGGUCUCUCACUGGAGUCCAAUCAGGCUCUCUUACGAGGCUUAAUGCCACAGACAGGAAGCUGCUCUCACAGCAAACAGGAAACAGUCGAGUACAUCAAGGAGAAGAUCAGGUACAAUGCAUCUCCAGAGAAAUCCAUCAAUCUGUUCCACUGUCUGAAUGAACUGAAUGAUCAUUCUCUAGUGCAGGAAGUACAGACUUACCUGAACAGAGAAGGUAACAGUCGUCUCAGUGGAACCAGACUCUCUCCUGCUCAGUGGUCAGCUCUGGUGUUUGUGUUACUGAACUCAGAUCAGGAGCUGGAUGAGUUUGAUUUGAGGAAAUAUGACCCAUCAGAGGAAUGUCUUCUGAAGCUGCUGCCAGUGGUCAAAGCCUCCAGAAAAGCUGAGCUGUGGGAGUGUAAUCUGACAGAGGAAAGUUGUAGAGUUCUGUCCUCAGUUCUCAGCUCAAACUCCUCCAGACUGAGAGAACUGAACCUGAGACACAAUAACCUGCAGGAUUCAGGAGUGAAGCUGCUCUCUGCUGGACUGGAGAAUCCACAAUGUAUAAUGGAGACACUGAGUCUGUGGAGGUGUAAUCUGACAAAGGAAAGCUGUAGAGUUCUGUCCUCAGUUCUCAGCUCAAACUCCUCCAGACUGAGAAUAUUGAACCUGAGUGACAAUGAACUACAGGAUUCAGGAGUGAAGCUGCUCUCUGCUGGACUGAAGAAUCCACAAUGUACACUGGAGACACUGAGUCUGUGGGGGUGUAAUAUGACAAAGGAAAGCUGUAGAGUUCUGUCCUCAGUUCUCAGCUCAAACUCCUCCAGACUGAGAGAACUGAACCUGAGUCACAAUAACCUACAGGAUUCGGGAGUGAAGCUGCUCUCUGCUGGACUGAAGAAUCCACAAUGUACACUGGAGACACUGAGCCUGUGUGUGUGUAAUCUGACAAAAGAAAGCUGUAGAGUUCUGUCCUCAGUUCUCAGCUCAAACUCCUCCAGACUGAGAGAACUGGACCUGAGUAACAAUAACCUGCAGGAUUCAGGAGUGAAGCUGCUCUCUGCUGAACUGGAGAAUCCACACUGUACACUGGAGAUACUGAGGAUGUAUAACUGCAGUAUUACAGAUGAAGGUUGUGCUGCUCUGGGUUCAGCUCUAAGGUCAAACUCAUCACACCUGAGAGAACUGGAUCUGAACAGUAAUAAUCCAGGAGAAUCAGGAGUGAAGCUGAUCUCUGAUCUACUGAAGGAUCCACACUGUAAACUGGAGACAUUAUACAUUAACUAUAAUAAAUUCACCAGGACAGGCGUAUGACAGGAGUCUCACCUCAAACCUCUUCUCCAGGAUAAAGCAGUUUUGGUGAAGAGUUAGAACCCGUCCCACAUUUCCAGCAGUUUGGGAGCUGAAUCAUUAAACGUAAAGGGACAGAGCAGAUACAAAGUCAAGAACAGGCAGAAGGUCAUACACAGGAGAAAUCAACACACGUAACAAAAUAUCUGCUGUACAAAACAAUGGCAACGAUCUGCCCCAGGGAUGGAGACUGAUGAGGCUUAAGUACACGUCUGGAAAUGUACAGUCGACUGAUCCCAAAGCACGAGGCAGGAGCAGGCAUGGUAAUGGUAAAUGGUCUGCACUUAUAUAGCGCUUUUUUAACGGUAGUGGUUCCAAAGCGCUUUACACUAUUUCACAUUCAUGAGGUUUGUGCCAAAGAAUAGAUGUGAAAAUACAGUGGAAAAUUUCCCUUGCAACCUGCCAACCGUUGCUGUGACAUGAAUAUAGUGUCUUGGUCAACCCAGGAGAUGAUUUAGAAAAUUGCCUAUGCAACAGUGUGUGUUCAGCAUGCAUGGAGGCACUGGUUCUGUACACAGUGUUGCAUGAAAUAAGACCAGAAAAACACAAAUCAAUACGCGCAUCUCUCUAAUGGCCUGAUGAGGUCCAUGUCAGUUGUUUUCAGCUGGGACCUUGAAUAAAGGUAAUGGGCACAAUGGUGCUAUUGGGGUGGCCAGUGGAUUUGCAGCUGAAAUUAGUAGCCUGGUAAGAAUUGCUUCUACAGCUCCUCUUUGAUGCACCAGUCGACUUAAGACUACCCCUAUGAGUUGAUGUUUGGCCAAAAACCUAAGCUACCAGUGGAUAGUUUGCUUGAUGGUAGUAAAGAAGAUGGUGCCCAUUCAGAUUGUGUGGACCAACAGCAAAAGUUUUUGACCUCCAUUUAUACCAGUUCCCGAAGGCACUUGGAGACUGGUCAUUCACCAUAGGACCAAUUGCCCUGACUCAGUAGCAAUACUACCCCCUGGCACUUUAGUGUAUUGUAAGAAUCAUUUUCAUGCUUGCCGUAAGACUCAGGAUGUCUGGCGCUCCAUUGUGUUUGAGAUUGUGGCCUACAUUGAUGAAGUGGGAACGCUGUAUAAGAUCAGACCACAUGGAGAAGAUGGACCCAUUAAAACUGUCCAUUGCUUAGAACUUAAACCUGUUCUUACCUGGCAACAAUAUACCAGGUUAACCAAUGGGUCAGGUCUACUGGCCCUUUCCAUCCCCAGGAGUGAGUCAAGCCAGAAGGACCUAGAAUUGGAGAUUAUUCACAAGUGGCCAUAGUCCACACGAGAACGGGUGUAAGGAACUCUGAGGGUCAAGUCCAUGUUGAUUCUAGUUCUCAGCCCUCAGUGCUUCAGUCUAGUCCAACAGGGGUACAAAAUGAUUAUAGUUUCAUCUUUAGCGUCUCAACCCCAGGUGACCACACGAGCGCAAGAGUUGAAUUUAGAAACUUCUCUAGAUCUUCAUAUAGCUCAGUCAGUUGAUCAGUCAGGAAUGGGUUUAGUUUCGAGGACAUCCUUUAGGUGUUCUACUCAUGGGACUCUCAUUGUUCACCGGGAUGGUAACCAUUAAAGGUUAUGGUGAAUUUGGCAAAGUUGGUUGGAGGCGCUGUUGCGCAUGCCCACUAGAGGGUGCACUGAUUCGUUAUACACAUCACUUCCUGUCUAUAGAACUAUGUCCAGUGCUUGAAUCCUUUGCUACACUGUGAUUGUUGGUUGCUGGAAGAACAAGUUCUGUUGACAGCAAAUGUGUGUUAUAAAUGUGCCAACGCCAUUUAUACCUACCUGGACAGGCUAUUAUUUCAGGGGCUUGUAGCGUGUGGUCAUAAUUUGUCUGCAUUGCAGUGAUUAUGUGUUGGUGUGAAGAUGGAAACAAAACCCAACAAUACCAUCAAACCCAUAUGUGCUUGUUGAAUAUCCCAUUACAGAUUUAGUCCCCCUUUGCUGUUAUUAUAACCUCCACAUUCUAGGUAAUCUUUCCACUUUAUUUUGGGAUUUGUGUAUUUGAGAAUGCAUUUCACCUCCUGCAGAAGAGACUAAAGGGGGAAACCCCUCAAAACAAACAACAAUUGAAAGAAGCUGUGGUAAAAGCCUGGAAAAGCACCACAAAAGAAGAGUGUAACAAUUUGGGAUGUCAGUGGAUUGGUGCUUGAUUAUUUAGUGCAAGGAAGGGAUAUGCAACCUUAUUUACUAGUCUUAUUUACUUUGAUUUCCUUGAAGACUAUCUGUUCCAAUAUUUUUGCUCACUACAAAAAUGUUCUAAGCUGCUUAACACAUCUAGAUGUGUAUGUCAGGAAAUUAAAGCUUCAAUUUUGA